CGCUAAUUCACCAGCAACUACAACAACUUCGACAACAAACACAGCCAUUACCAAUGUUAAUGCAACUAUAGAGAUACCAACCGACGAAGGUUACAAUGACGGUUAUGAAGAACCAAAACAAAAAAUAGAAAUUCCCACGUGGAUUACUCAGCUAUCUGAAGAACAGAGAGCCGUGCAAUAG